AUGGUAAAAAUUGGACACAGUGUGCUAUGUUUUUCUGAUUUUUAUUGUAAUUGUACACGUACUAGAAUAGUGUUAGCAUUGUGGGCGCGUGAUUCUCAAGCCAGAGAUCGUGUGUUCGAGCCCGGCUGUGCUACUGCGUACUACUCAUACACUUGUCCUAAAGUAAAGGAAACAGGUCCCGUAACAUGGCUUGAAAAGUUCCCAGAAGCAAGGGGUGCAAGACAAAGCCCCGUAGACAUAGUGACAUCUAGAUCUAGUAACAGCGGUAGUGUUCCACCUCUUACUUUCCGGUACUCCGUCCAUCAUCCACGAUCUAUCGUCAAUCCUGGUUAUUGUUGGCGAGUUGAUGAAAAUGGAUACAAUUCAGAACUCAGAGGUGGACCACUAGGCUCUGACGUCUAUAAACUUCAACAAUGGCAUUGCCAUUGGGGUGCCAAAAACGGGGAGGGAUCAGAACAUACAGUAGACGGAAGAUCAUUCUCAGGGGAACUCCACUUGGUUCAUUGGAAUACUAGUAAAUACAACAGCUUUGUUGAGGCAGCUGGACAAGCAGAUGGACUUGCAGUUCUUGGGGUAUUCAUAAUGGUUGGUUCAAAACAUGAAGAAUUGCACAAGGUCGUCCGACUUCUGCCAUACAUUCAACAUAAAGGUGACAAAGUAACAAUGUCGGAGGCCUUGGACCCGGCCAACCUGCUGCCCAGAGGUAGUGGCUAUUGGACAUACCCUGGCUCUCUAACAACACCACCGUGCACAGAAUCAGUCACAUGGAUAUUAUUUAAACAACCCGUAGAAGUCUCCGCUGAACAGCUGGCAUUAAUGCGUAAACUCCGAUGUGGUGAAGCUUCAUGUGGUGAAGAAGCAAUGGAAUUGCUCCACAACUACAGGCCAACACUACCACUUGGCAACCGUGAUAUUCGUGACAUUCGUGAUUAUGGAGGACAUUAA